AUGACCUCGCAAGAAGGCUAUCACUCCCCGGCCGGUUCAGUUUUCUCGCGGCAGACGAUAUUGACGACGGAAAAUGGCAAACCGGUUGUCCGGCUUCCACCACCUCGACCCCCUGGAGGUAUUCCACCUGCAGGUGCCAACACAAUGCCCGCUCAUCCCGCCAUGCCGCCUCCUCUUCCUCAUCCACAGACUCUGAACCCCGCGUAUCGUGAGAGCCGCCCCGCUCCAAUCCCUAUGCAUCAGCCUCGUCCGCAGAAGGCGGUUUCUGUUGCCGACAUCGAAACUCCGGCGAGCUUUACCUUCAACCCCCCUCAGCCACAGCAAGAACAGCCGUUCCAUCACCAGGUGCCGGUCCCCGCGAACGGGCCCAUGUAUGUGCCAGAGGCUUCCGGUCCUCUCCCUUCUGCUCAUUCCUCCGUGACUCCGUCAUCCCACAUACCCGAUCGUGCGAUUCACGCUCAACCGUUCCAACCGUAUGGAUUCCAGCAGCCCCAGGCCUACUACCCGGCACCCUAUCCGGCCGGCACCGUUUACUAUCCUAAUUCCGGGGGUGAGUUCGUGCCGUACAGUGCCGGCGCGGGUCCAGGCACCUCGGUCCCGUCAUUCCCUCCCGGGCAACACGCUCAGUAUAUGGUUCCCACAGCCCCUGCAUCAACGGAGCAGUCCUCACAAGCGGGGACUGUUGCACACGAGGCCGGUGGCACGGUGUACUUCUACAACGCGACGCAGAUGUAUCCGAACUCGUCUUAUGCGGUGCCCAGUGCUCCCGGUCCUGGCGGAAUUGUUGGCGUGGGUGGCAUGAUGACCCCUCCCGGUCCAACUUAUUACUAUCCUCAACCUCCAGGGGGCGUUUACUAUGCUUCCCAGUAG